GUGGAGGCAAAUUCCAAUGUCAUCCUGAAGCAAAGAUGAACCAUUGAUUCUAAGUAAGCACGGUUUGAUUAAAUCUGGAAAUGGAAGCCGAAUCCAAAGCAUUUCUGAAGAGAGAGGAAAAGGUGGAGAAGGAAGAAAUUUAUUUCAGGGUGCUGAGCACGAUUAAGGAACUUAGUGAAGCAAAGGAGGAGAAAACUGAAACGGAGCUUGAACUAAAGACUAAAUCAAUGAAGCAAAAAAAGGUAGAGAAGGCAAAUCUUCAUCUAAAAAUUGAGAGCAAGAUCAUGGAACAAAGUGAAACGGAGGAGGUGAAGAAUGAGACGAAGAUUGAGUUCAAGACUAAAGUUAGGGAGAGAGAAAAGAAACAAAAAGAAGAGAGGAAGGAUAAGAAGAGGAAAAUAAAAGAAAAUAAGUCCAAGGAGAGUGAGCAGGAGGAUAAAAAGAAGGAAGUUGAAAAUGAACAGCACCAGGGGAUAAAGAAAGAGGGUGAGAAGGAAGGGGAUAAUGUGUACCGGGAUAGUGUAAUCGAGAAGACAAAGGAACAUGAUGAAACUGGAGAACCAAAUGAAAAAGAAGAGAAGCAGAAAGAGGAAAAGGAAAAUAAAGAAAAGGGUAAAAAAGAGAAGAAAGAUGGUGUUGGAGAGUCGGAGAAAGAGCAGAAAGAGAAAAAGAGGGACAAAUUUUGGAAUUCCGAAGAGGAAGAGGAUAAAACAGAAAAGAAUAAAGGUAAUAAAUGUAACAAGGAAGAGGACCAAAAAGAAGAUAAGGGAAAAGCAGUGAAAUACAGAGAUGGGGACUUGAGUUUCAAGGAAGAAGAGCUGCAGAAAGAGAACUACAAGGGAAAUGAACAUAAAGAGAAAGAAAAAGACGAGAAAGAGAAGGGUAAAGAAAAGAAGGUUAAAGACAAAGGGGAGGUAGGGAGAGAGUUGAGUAAGGAAACAAAAGAAGAGAAUGAUGAGGGGAUAGAAAAUCAAGAAGAAAAGGAAAGGAAAAAAGAUACAGAGAAGAAGCACAAGAAACUUGACAAGGAGGAGAGUGAAGAAGUUACCUCGAGAGAGAUCAAAAUAGAGGAAAAUGGGGAGGAGGAAACAGGGAGGGAAGAAGAAAAGAGAGGGGAAGGCAAGGAUGGAAAAGAGAGUGACCAAGGGGGGAAGAAAAGCAAAGUUAUGGAGAAAUGUAAAAGCAAAGACCUAGGCAAUUUAAUUAAAGAGGAAGAUGGAGAAGAUCAAUGCUAAAAUGGCAACCCUCUUAGAGAAGACAGUAGACAUUGUGAUGCUUAUGAAAGAAUUUCAGGAUGAGAGCCAUUUCUCAGAUGAUAUCUCCCAAAUACAUAGGUGAGGGAAAAAGAUGCGGAAGCAGCUACGUACAGCCGAGCGAGCGGUUUAUGACAGUGGUUGUAUAUGUUGAAGAAGCCUUGACAAUUUUGCUCAUUAUACUUGUUCUGAUAAUAAGAAAUGUACGCAAUGCUAUACUUUCUUUGAAUGAUCAAGCAAAUGGAACCUUUAUUUCAGAUUAAGCAGGCUUCUCUCUUCCCAGACAUAAAUGAAGGAACUUUGUUUCACUUUAUUUUUUAAUUUUUGCCUUUUUGUCUACAUUUGUCGUUGUAAUA